AUGGCGCCAGGAACUGGAGAUCUUGACCUAACAUAACCUCCUUUGUUUGUAGAACGACGAGUGUUUUUUUUAUCGAAUGCACGAAUGUAACGAUGAUAACAAUGGCGGCUGCCUUGUAUUGCUGCGAUCUGUCAAAUAGUUUGUGUUCUAGUAGCUGUUCGACAAUGACAGGACUCCGAGCGCAAUGUUAAUAAGUGUGAGAUAAGGGUAGUGUGUUUGUUCUUGAUGAAAUUUAACGAUCGUCAGAGCCGUCUCGAUCAUAACAAUACGCGAUCCCAACAACAGACAAUGACGAACGAAAUUUUAUUUAAAAACCGCUUAUGACCAGCUGACAAUGUUUUUCAAUUAGGAGUAAAAAAAGUUAGUGAGUAUAUUAAUGGGCUUUAUGUUCACCUGAGAAUGUUCAGAACUGAGGAAUCCUCGAAAGGCAGUUUCCUUCAGCAAACCAAGGCCGCAAGGGAGGAACGAGCCAAUGAAAAACGCAGAGAAGCUGCUAUUACAUAUAUUCAAGCCAACGUCAGAGGAUGGCUUGCUCGUAUCAGAUUCACCAAAACAAUAUUGGAGGAUUUCGACACGAUUCUACCGGAGGAAUUGAACACCGAAGGCACUGCGCAGUUGCAUCCAGCGUUACAAGUUUACAAAUUGAUAUCAAAAUUCUUAUUAAUUUACAAAAAGGAAAGAGAUGAGAAAAGAUUGGAACGAUUAUGCAGAUACCUCGUGCAGACAUUAGAUUCGGAAUCCCUGAAGCUUUCUUACGUCGGUGUGGCACUAAACAAAGAUUAUUCGAUAUCAUGGAUAUCUCAGAUGAAGAGAGUACUUCACCAUUGUCUGAGUGGCCUGGAAGAUCUGAGGCCAGAAAGGCUCUCAGAUCACAAAUCUAUCCUCUUAAGAUUGCAUACAUUAGUUAGCUUUACCUCUGCUGGAACAUGGGCCAUCCUCAGAGUGAAGAACAUGGAAAAAUUUAGAAAUGGGAUGAACCAGCUUUGCGCCAACAUCAUGGGUCAUCUUGUGAAUUGUGGCUUUUACGCAGUCAUGAAGGUCCUUCUGGUGAGAGGACUCGGGAGAGCUACAAUCGCGUUGAAACCAGUUGCAUUAUCAGCUGCUGUAACUAUGUCGUUGAGGCCAUUGAUAUCAUCGCAAAUGUCUGACAAGCUUGUUUCCAUGUUUCUCAUCAAUGUCUGCAGUGUACCUGCUUUAAUUCACCAUUUGAAUGUCAUGUCGCCCGAGUGCAUAUCAGCGCUCACGAGCCAUAAUCUGUUUACAAGAAGUCUCGAGCUCUUGAAUUCUGAACAAAAUUUGAGAAUAGUGUUCAACGCGCUGGAGGGUAAUUAUGCUCUUUGCUUGUUAGCUAAUUUAAUACAACUCGCUAACAUUGAGAGAGAUGAGGUGCUGAAGGAUCUCUACUUUCCAUCAUUCACGUUUGUUGUAACGAGAAUGUUAGAAGCCUGUCAACAAUACGUUGUAGCCAAACAGAGUAAUUUGACAUAUUGGCAUCCAGUCUUGGGAUGCUUUGCACAAAGCGUCGAUACUACUCUUCAGCAAGCCAUUCCUCACGUGAAAUUACAGCUGGCAUGCUUGUGGAAUGGAAAGAUUGUAUCACAGUUGAUCGGUUCUCCUUUGAGUGAACUAGUGGAAAAAGAGAUGCAAUACCAGCCUGACCAACAAAGUACAUCUAUCGGAACAAACAUAUUCCGUCGUGCCUUUUUAGAAGCUCGAACAAAUAGAAACAACAGCAACAAAAAUUACAGAAAACUAGGAAGCCCAGAAGCGACGAGAAUAGCACUGAUUUGUUCGUUAUAUCAAACCGCUCUGCAUACGUUAACUCAAAUGAAGCUUGAUAUUUUGACUGGCUUGUGCUAUCAGGACAAAUUUUUAUACCAUAUGUGGUUAUUCCUCUGUACGCUCGGUCCGUACUGUGGCUUGAAAGCAUUUCUAGACCAUUUAGCAGCUAACACAAAGUGCACUGCUCCGGAGUUUCAAAUGUUGAUAUUAUUUUCCGACUGUAUGACGCAUUACGUUACAAUACUGGAUGACAUGGAAAUGUACGAACAGCAGUUUCCGUUCAAGCUUUCAGAUUUUAUAACAAUGUCAUACUUCUUGAACCAAUUUUUGUACAAAGCGGUACUGAACAAUUUAUUUGAUGUUAAGACUGUAUCGAGUAAUCCUCUCUUUACAUCUCUUCACACUCUUUUGAUGGCAUUAUAUCGGCGGGACUGUCGGAGAACCUUUUGUCCUGAUGGACAUUGGUUGGCAAAGGAGGUUCGUGUCUCAGGAUUUCUUGCAGACUUGGAAAAAGGGCGGAGAGGAGCCGCGUUGUUGUUAUCAAAGAUGCCACAUGUUAUUCCACAUUCCGAGCGUGUUGUACUUUUCCGUAAACAUGUUUCUGAUGAAAAGGCAGUCCUUGGUCUGACUGUGAGUGCUUGUAACAGUCCGCCGUCUACUUUGAUAGCUGUUCACAGAUCUCGUAUUGUCGAAGAUGGUUAUAGGCAGCUUGCUAUGCUGCCCUCGCAGGCUUUGAAAGGAGUUAUAAGAGUGAGAUUUGUCAAUGAACAGGGCCUCGAUGAGGCAGGCAUAGAUCAGGAUGGUGUAUUCAAAGAAUUCUUGGAGGAAACGAUCAAGAGAGUAUUUGACCCUUCCUUGAAUCUAUUCAGAGCCACGACUGAGAACAGACUGUAUCCUUCACCAACAUCUUCGAUGCAGGAGAAUCAUCUUCAACUUUUCGAAUUUGUCGGACGUAUGCUUGGAAAAGCUGUGUACGAAGGAAUCGUAGUUGACGUACCAUUUGCGUCAUUUUUCGUUUCACAAUUCUCCGGUCAAGCUGGUGGUGCUCUUUAUAGUUGGCUUGACGAGUUAGCCUCUCUGGAUCGAGAUUUAUACCGAAGUUUGACAUUGGUGAAGCAUUUCAAGGGUGAUGUAAGGCAAUUGGAACUCACAUUUUCUCUCGAUGAAGAUGUUCUUGGAAAGCUUGUGACGCACGAGCUUGUCCCUGGUGGACGAGCAGUCCCAGUAACGAAUCAAAAUAAAAUCAAUUACAUACAUCUGAUGGCGCAUUUUAGAAUGCAUACGCAAAUCAAAGAUCAAACUUCUGCUUUUAUCAAAGGAUUCAGAUCGAUCAUCAAUCCUGAUUGGCUCUCACUUUUCUCAACACCGGAGUUACAGCGGCUAAUAUCUGGUGACAAUGUUCCACUGGAUUUGAGAGACCUUCGUCGUCAUACACAAUACUAUGGCGGUUUUCAUGAUAGCCAUCGUGUAGUCUGUUGGCUUUGGGAUAUCCUGGAAAAAGACUUUUCCGAAGAAGAAAGAGGCCUUUUUUUGAAGUUUGUUACGAGUUGUUCGAAAUCUCCUUUGUUGGGAUUUGCACAUCUAGAACCACCAUUUUCAAUACGAUGCGUUGAAGUCGGUGAUGAUGAAGAUACUGGCGAUACGAUUGGAAGUGUAAUCAGAGGAUUUUUCACAAUACGUAAAAAGGAUCCUCAGAAUCGUCUUCCAACAUCUUCGACGUGCUUCAAUUUAUUGAAGCUACCAAAUUAUCAGAAGAAAAGUACGCUACGUGAAAAACUACGAUACGCUGUCACAAGUAACACAGGCUUUGAACUCUCUUAAGGCAGAAAACCAUCGGAAUUACAAUCUUAUUGCACAUAUUAUUUCAGUUAGAUGUUCAAUGCAAGUUUAGUUCAAAUUAGUUUAACAUAAGACAAUCGUGCACAAUACUAUGAAUUCACAUUAUCCACGUAUAAUAAUAUAGAUGUGUAUUAUAAUUCGGAUAAGCACGCAUUUCUUGUUUAUCGCUGCGCUAAUUUUUUCUUACAAAUCAUUCGAAUGAUGUACAAAAUUCUGUAAUUAUUCUUUUCAAAAUUUCCGAAAAUAGCGCAGCAGUAAAAAUAUAGUAUAAUCGUCAAAAAAAAUGUAUAAUAGUGCGAAAAGGGGUUGUUGAGUCAUGUUAAUUAGAUUUUAAUAACAUGUGAAAAUAUGAACGGUGCCGUUAGGGAGUUGUAUGCAUUUUAAAUGGGCCAGUAUUUUUGACAGCAUUGGGUCUUAGUUGGAUUUCUUAGUUAAGAAAUUUUGUGACGGUAGUCUUUUUCUCCAACCAUAAUCAUCCCUUGAUACCUUGGUAAAAGAAUGAAUCAGAAGUUUUUUAAAUUGAGUAACAUGAUCCUACAGUAUCUAGACUAUGUCUAGUGUUGAGAAAAAUUCUUUAGACAAUAUUAUUGUUUUCCUUAAAAUAUUUCACACACCAUUGAGUCAAGUGGCGUGUCUUGAUCUACAUAUUUUCAGUGUCGUCCUAAAUUAUACUUUCCCAUUCUGAGGUGUAAUAGUGUACAUUUAUAAUGCGAUCGAUCUUGGAAGAAAAAAAUUCACCAAACAGAGCAACAAAGUAAAUAUUAUCAAACAACAACAAUAAUCAAAUUCACGGAUCAACUAGAAUAUUUGAAUAGCGUGUUGUUUACACCUCAGUCACGUUUCUAACGGGUCUGCCUAAGCUUGACGCCUGAAAAACCGAUGGAUUUUCAAUAUAUUUUAUUGACGCGGGUAUUGAGAUGAGAAGGUCGGCCUUUCACACAAAGUCAUUAUGUAGUCUUGACAACGGUCAGUUUCUUUUUUCUUCAAAAAUAUAUAUAAACAACAUUGAUGUUUUUAUUUAAACAAAGCAUAAAAAAACAAGA